AUGGUAUUUCCUGUCGUUAUGCAGGCAUUGGUUGUUGGAGAGGGAAAGAAGGUUGAACUUGAACAGAUACCCAUUCCAACUCUUGAAAUAAAUGAAGUUCUCAUUCGCAUUCACUCAAUUGCACAGAAUCCUACGGACUGGAAGCACACCGAUUUUCUUAGCCCUGUUGGAAAUGUUAUUGGAUGCGACUUUUCUGGAACAGUUGUGAAGCUAGGAGCAGACUCUAUUAGUCGAGUCAAAGUAGGAGAUACGGUUGCUGCACAUGUGCAUGGAGGAAACUAUAAGGACCGCGGUGCGUUUGCUCAGUACGCCAAAGCCGACUCGGACCUGGUAUGGAAGUUCUCCCCGAGUGUGCUGUCAUUUGAGGAAGCGGCCACUAUGAAUUGCGCAGCCUUCAUCGGCUCUCCAAAGAAUGAAUGGAUUUUAAUAUAUGGCGGUAGCACUUCGCUUGGUCUAUUCUCAAUUCAGCUGGCCAAGCUGUCGGGGUACAAAGUUGUUACCACUACCUCUCCGAAGAAUUUCGACUUGCUAAAAUCACUCGGCGCGGAUAUAGUAAUCAACUACAGGGAUGCAGAUAUUAUCGAGCAAAUCCAAAAAGCUACUGAGAAUUCGCUAAAACUUGCGUUUGACACCGUCGGCGAAACCGAUACUCAAAUUAUAUGCGUCAAGUCACUUGCACCUACUCCUGACGGCGCAAGACCAGGCAAAGUUAUGGUUUCGCUUAUUCCAAACGAGGAUGCAAAGGCACUAAGGAAGGAUGUUAUAGUCCUAAAUACGGUUAUAUACACUGCUUUUGGGCGCUCUUUUGAGUUGGCCAAGAUCCAAUUUCCCGCUUCGCCAGAAGACCGAGCUCACAUGGCUUCUUGGAUGCCUAAGCUCGAAGAGCUCGCAGCCAAAGGUCAGAUCAAACCAAACCCGGCAAGGCUGUGGCCCGGAGGGCUGGGGGCUGUGAACGAAGGCUUCCAGUAUAUGCGUGAGGGCAAAGUCAGUGCUGAGAAGAUUGUUUACAACGUCCACUAG